AUGGAGUCACGGUCACAUCUCACCUCGGCCGAGCUCAACGCCGCUGCCCUUGACCACUUCGUCUACCAGCCCGUCAGCAAAUCAAUGAUCUCUUACCUGGCCGGUGCCGCCUACAAUGUCAUCUCUUGUGACAGCGCCCUGAUGCCUCCCGCAUCCGCAGAAGCACACCGCCAACAGCAGCUUCCCCCGACGCCGCCUAGGACGCCCGAACCUCGCGCUGUCCGCUCCGAAGACGCCGACUUGCCUACGCUCGAGGCCUUCAUUACACAACUCGUCGUCUCCUCCAACGUCCAGGUCCCGACGCUCAUGUCUACCCUCGUAUACCUUACCAGGCUCAAGUCCCGUCUGCAACCCAUGGCUCGCGGUCUUCGGUGCACCACUCACCGCAUCUUUCUUGCCGCGCUCAUCUUGACUGCCAAGUAUCUGAAUGACAGCUCGCCCAAGAACAAGCACUGGGCUACGUACAGCCACGCCAACAACGACUUCUCCAACUUCGGCUUCAGCAGGACGGAAGUCAACCUGAUGGAAAAGCAGCUUCUCUUCCUCCUAGACUGGGACCUGAGGAUUACUGAGGAGGACCUCUACCGCGAGCUUGAACCCUUUUUGGCGCCCAUCCGCGCUGAGAUCGAGACCAAGCACGCUCGCCGCAUGGCACGCCGUCGCAAGCAGGAGGACGAGAUGCGCCGGAGACAAGAGGAGAUGUACAACAUGGCUGCCUACCCCAGCCCACCUUCUUCGCGCGCCAGCUCUCGCUCACGACAAGAGACGCCGGAUCGCACUCGGACUUACAGCGGCUCUUCCAUCACACCUCCUGGCCUGUGCUACAGCAGCAGCUAUGGCAGCUCCAUCAGCUCCUACGCCCCAUCAGUAGCAUCAAGUCGCUCCCAAUCGCGGGCCACUACGCCGCUCGACAACCCUGCCGACGAGCCGUACAUGUACGUGCCCCACGGCAGCCUGUACGAGUCGCCGGUUGAGGUGCACAUCGAGCAUCCUGCGUCAACCUUGCCGAAGCGGAAGCCUCUCCUUCCUUACGAGAUUAGCACCGAGGAGCUUCGCGAGAUGCAGGAUGGCACCAAGGCCAAGAGAGCACGCAUGGGUCGUGGAAUGUGGGGCCGCGUCUUCGGUGGUGCCGUGACAGUGCGGUAG